AAUGAGAAAAAGAUUCGGGGCAAUCCAUUCAGAUUCUACUGAAGAAUACAUUCAAUAAGCUCAAUCAGCUUGGAACAAAGAUCUAUUUUAUUAUGAAGGUAACUCUAAGAAAUCAACUUAAAAUAUAGUGAACUUUGAUUUUGAUGAGCGGGAAACAAAUGUAUUAAUAUAAUUAUAUAUAUUGUAGAAUACUGAAAUAGAGGAAGAAACAUAAAUGGAAGCAUAGAAUGUUAAAAUAAUAGUGAUGGAUGCUGAGAAUGAUUCUUAAAAUGUUUUUGAUUAUUGUGGUUAAGAUUAUCAUCAGAAAAAGGAUUUUGAUUAUGUUUCAAAGAUUGAAGUAAAUAAGAACAAAUAAAUUACAUAUCAUUUUUGGAUUAACAACAUUCAUUCAACUAAAUUUACUGAUAUCGUUGAUGGUAAAAUUUAUAAAUUAAUAUUUAGUUUAUGUAAAAAAUUGUGAUGUAGUGAUUUAUGUUUACAAUAAAUCAGUUGAAGAACAUUAUCAAGAAUUUGUAGAAAAGAUAUCUAAAAUAAAUAAUAAGAAUUUUAUUAUUUAUAAAGUUAAUAAUUCUUUGAAUAGAACUUAGGUAUUUUAAAUUUUAUAUUUUUUAAGAGUUUUAAAUCAUUAAAUGAGAAGAAUUAAGAUAAUGUCAUUGCAGUUAAAAGCCUGUAAGAAGCAAUAACAAAAACGAUUAACUAAUAUAUUUGAUU